AUGGUCGCCGCAGCAGCAACAUUUGUUCACUAUGUUUCUCCUCAAGCGAUAGGAUCUGGUAUACCCGAAAUGAAAACCAUCAUUCGUGGAGUGAUUCUCAAGGACUAUUUGACGUUCCGAACACUGGUCUCAAAAGUUUUCGGCAUUGCUAUGUGUAUCGGCAGCGGAGUUCCGAUAGGGUAA